AUGGAAGCUGUUCAGCAACUCAUUGCACGUAUUAGACAAACCUGCGACAGAAAUGCCGUUGAUGUCGAGCUUGAGCUUACAUCGUAUGAUCGCAAGCGUAACGGUAUUAUUUCACCAGUUUCUCUCCACAGAUGGAUUUCCUCCAUUGGCUUGAAUUUCACACCACAACAAGUUCAGACACUUGCAGAAGCAUUCAAGAAGGGUGAAGGCGUUGAUUGGAAGGCUCUUCAGCAAACUAUUGAAUUAUCAAAGAGUUAUGACCAAGGCGCGUCAACAAAGACACCAAAUUGCACAGAAGAAUUGCGCCGCUUUGGAUCUGAGCUUGCUCUUCGUAGGCAAUCCGUCCGCGAAGUCCUUAAGCAAUUUGAUCCAGCAAACAAAGGCAAAGUUAGUGCCAAUGACUUCUACAGAGCAUUUGGCUGCUCUCCACUUACAAAGCUUCUUGUUAAAGUUUAUGCCGACACAAUUACAGGUUUAAUCGAUUAUUUCAGACUUCAAAACGACGUCCAAACUGUUUCCGUCAAGCAAGUCAACCCAGAUGCUCCGAUCGAUGAACUCCCAGACUGCUUCGUCUUAGUUUGGAGAUAUAUCAAAUCUCGCUCUGUAGACUUGUACGGUCUCUUCAAACGCGCUGAUUCAAUGAACAGCGGCAAGCUCUCCCUAGAUGCUUUCAUUGCUGCCAUCUCAUCUACAGGAGCCUCCCUUACUCCAGUCGAAUUAAGAGAUAUCGCUUUUCCAUUCUACCAAGUAGACACGGGAUAUUGCAACUACAAGCAGUUCAUUGCAACAGUCGAAGCUUACAAGCCAAGAGUAUCCGAAAAUGCUCCAGAACAAGAAAAAACUGAGACAAAACCUUCGAUUUCUGUUGACAACUUACUCAACGACAUUCGCCAGAUCAUCGUCAGCCGUAGAAUCCACGUUAGUGACUACUUUGACCCUCUCGCAAGGCAUGGAAACCCAGAUUCAUGCCCAAUUCGCGUUUUCGGACAAAUUGUCGCUUCAAUGCAACUUUCACUCUCCAACGAUGAAAUCUUUGCCAUCGCUGAAAACUACAGACUCCAAAAUGGCGAAAUUGAUUAUCAUAAGUUCGCAUCUGCCAUAACACCACAGCAAACAAUGCGUUCUUCCACAACGAUCAAAGAUGUCAUCGGCAAUCUCAAGCAAUUCCUCGCUACAAGUCCAACAACUCUCAUGCAAUCCGCAUCUCGUUUUGAUCGUGCAAAUACUGGCGAAAUGACCGUCGAACAAUUACAAUCUGCUCUUGGCAUGAUCGGUUUCGAUGCCAACCGCGAAGAUUUGAACUUAAUUUGCCAGCAAUAUCCAGGCAAAAGGUUCGCCACUGUUUCCUGGCGCGAUCUCUGCACAGCUGUUGAUCCAGAAGAUGCUGAGCUCCGUCUUUCCGCCCGCAAACCAGUCGAAGAAGACGAAGUCAGAGCAAGAGAUCCGACCAUGGCCGGCAAACCUCCGAAAGCGAUCAAUCUUUUACUCCUCAACAUCCAGAAGAGCGCCAAUGUAUAUUCCCUUCAAUCCGAAUUCGAGAAAAACGACAGAAGAAGGCGAGGAUGCGUUCCAAACCAAGUUUUCCUCGACGUUUUACUCGACAUGCAGUUGAACUUGAACCAGUCUGAUGUCCGCGGCCUCAUCUCUUUCUUCAGAGUCACAGGAUCACCGGAAGUCAACUACAGAGAGUUCCUUUCCGCUCUCAACCACGCAGAGCCAGAACCUGAACCAGAACCAGAGAAAUCUUACCAACAAGAAAAACCGCUACCAGACUUCGCGCCGAUAGUUCACAAUUUCCUUCGCAGGUUCAAGAGUUUCUCAAGGAUGAGGAGAUUAUCUGUCUCAGACAUCUUCGAGCCAUACGAUCCACAGCACACAGGAUUCAUCCAAGUCUUCAAAGUCGCUGCAGCAUUCAACAAUGUCCAGUUCACAGCGAUGAGGGCUGAGAUGGAAGAUUUGUGUUCUGCAUUCAGAGACUCAAGGAAGAAAGAGAUCUUCAAUUACAAGUUGUUUGAAAGAGCUGUUGAAGCAGAAGAUAUCGAUUCUGAAUGGGCUAAAGCUGGAAUAUCUGGAGAGCCAAUCAGUGCUGAAGUAAACAGAGAUGCAAUGGCAACAUGUCUCCAGAUAAGAGACAGAUUGUCUUGCAAGAGAAGAAGAAUUGGAGUUGCUUUCGUCGGAAUUCAGUCAGAAACAAUUACAUCAAAUGAAUUCCAGAAGAGAUUGGAAGAUGUUGGAAUUGUUCUUCGCGCUGGACAACUCAACGCUUUGUUCAGAAAGUACAGAGUUGGAAUCACUGAAGAAAUAAGAUGGAAAGAUUUCUGCACUGAUGUUGAAAACUCAAGAACAAUUGGUGAAUAA